CUAUGAGGGCUGUACACACAAGACAAUUGGUAGCAGAGCAGGUACAAUGGGACAAGCAUUACCUGGCCCUUUAACCCCCAUUUUUGGACCCCUGAUGUGGAGAAAGGGCCUACAAUAAGUUAGCCCAGGGCUACCCUAUGAGCUGAAGCACCAGGAUCCUGGCAGGUCUGAUAUCUGUGGCCCAUCAUCUACCAAACCAGAAUGCUGGAAGGUCUGGUGCCUCCUGUAAGGGGCAGGCAGGGCUGGAAUGAGGAGUGGACCACAUGAAGACCUUCCCCCAAAGGAAGCAGGCGGUGGCAGCCCAGGCUAUCCUGGACACUGGAGGUUGCAGCUGUACUCCAGGCUGAGCAAGCCAUCUGGCUCCUAGGUCCCUGCUGAGAUUUUGGCCUCUUCAGAGCCAAAGAGGACAGUUCCUGGGGAGAGGCCAAUGGGGCAGGGAACUGCUCAUCUGCUCCCACCUGGGUCCAACCACAGACAUGCAUUCUGGAAACUCCCCAAACCCAGAGUUUCUGCCGCCAAGCCAAGAUUUUGGGUUUCUGGCAGGGCCCUGCCUGGAGUCCUGCAGGAAGGCUGUUCUUGGUGCAGGGAACCUCUUCAGAGCUUGGGGAUGCUAUUAGUGACCUGUCACUCUACACAGUCCAAAUGAGAACUAGGGCGACCAGUCGUAUCUAGACCCCCACUAUACACCUCCCUUCAAGCGCGGCCCCUUUAAGUGCCACCCUACUAAUCACCACUGGGGGCAGCACUGAGCGGCCAGGCCAGGACCAGAGCUGCUGCCUCCAAGCUUCUGCCGGUACCGGCUAUAUAGCGGGGCCAGGUACACACCGGAACCGACUUGAAUUAUGCAGCCUACCUAGGUUCAGCUCGUGGAGAAAUAAUCAGGCACCAGAGGGCAGUAGCUCUGCAACACAUUCUCCCGUUGAUGUACCCAAGUCUGGCCAGCGGACCCUAGUAUAGGGAAGAGACUCGGGAGUUCCCGCUGCAGGGACAAAGGUACUUCUUCUAACAUAGGUAUGGAGCCAGCACCAGAAGCCCUGACCAAGACCUGCAGCCUGGGCUGCUCCAUCCCCUAUGCCCCAGGUAAGCCGGACCAGCACGUGGGGUGGGGUGGGGAUAAAGGGCUUUGGGUGCAGAGGAGGCUGCCCUGACCUGUAUCUCCUCCCAGGGCAAAAUCCCCCAAAGGCCGAGUGACUGGAGCUGCCAGCCUGGGGACGUCUUUUAAGAUGACCCGCACGGACCCUCCGGACUUGCUGGUGUCGACCGUGUACCAGGACAUCAAGGUAGUAGCCCCAGGGCUCACGUCCAAACAGCAGCCAUGUGAGAGAUCCGUGACCCGGCCAGCUGCGCCCGCGCCUUUCAACAAGCGCCACUGCCGUAGUUUCGACUUCUUAGAGGCACUGGACGAGCCCACCAUGGAGACACACCAGCAGCCACCACCUCCCGAGCCUGCGCCACCGCGUGCCCGGCCCCGAGACAGCGAGCCUCGGCGCCGCACCCGUUCCAAGAGCGCACCCCGUGCGCCCCAAGGCCUGACACCUGCUCCGGCUUCACCGCCGGUACUGCAACGCAGAGGCCGGGAGGCCCAGCGUUCGGUGCGGUUGGAAGGGUCGCCGCACCGGGAACCCUCGUAUCCUGCGCUGCGGGCUCUUGCCAAUGAGCUGCACCCCAUCAAGCUCCAGCCACAGCGAGGCGGCCCUGGACGCAUCGCACCUUUAUGCUCCACCCCAGGCCGCUGUGCGCCCCCCGAACCACCCACGGGACCCACAGGACCCGUCCCCCACGUCCGUUGCCGUUUGGACAUCAAGCCUGAUGAGGCAGUGCUGCAGCACGCCGCCCGAAGCUCGAGACCUUGCGCGCCCAGCGAGGCGCCCUGGGCUCGCACAGUCCCACAGUUCCAUGGCCUCACAGUUCCAGGGCCCCGCCAUAUGGCCCUGUCACGCACUCCCACCCCUAGUGACUUGUACUGUACUGACCCCAGAGCAGUGUACUGCGACGGGCCUCUGCCUGGGCCCCGGGACUACUUGGAGCACCGCAGUCAACCCUUCACAACGCCCCCGGGUCCCACCCAAUUUUUCUACACGGAGGAACCUGAGGGCUACGCAGGCAGUUUUACCGCAAGCCCAGGCCUUCCCUUUGAUGGCUACUGCUCCAGGCCCUACUUGACCGAAGAGCACCCCAGACCCAGUCCAAGGCGUGGGGGAGGCUACUAUGCUGGGGAAGUACGCACCUUCCCAAUCCAGGAGCCCCCGUCCCGCUCCUACUACGGGGAGACACCUCGAGCCUACGGCCUGCCUUUCGUCCCCCGAUAUGUCCCAGAAGAGCCCCGGGCACACCCCAGUGCCCGCGCCUUCUACACAGAGGACUAUGGGAGGUUCCGUGAACGGGAAGCAAUGACUCGGACUUAUCCACAUCCCCGCAGCAGCCCAGCCUGGGCCGACUGGGGUCCGAGGCCUUACCGCACCCUUCAGGUGGCGCCUCCUCCGGCUCCUGGACCACUGCUGGCCUCAUGGCACGGCGGCACUGGCACAAGCCCACCCCGGCUGGCGACCGAUAGCCGCCACUACUCUCGAUCCUGGGACAACAUCCUGGCUCCCGGUCCUCGUCGUGAAGACCCUCUAGGACGUGGCCGCAGCUAUGAGAACCUGCUGGGCCGUGAGGUUCGGGAUACACGGGGUUCAUCCCCGGAAGGCCGGCGUCCACCAGUCGUAGUGAACCUGUCCACCUCACCCAGACGCUAUGCAGCACUGUCACUGUCUGAGACGUCGCUGACAGAAAAGGGCCGCGGUGGGGAAAGCCUGGGCCGCAACUGGUACAUCACGCCAGAGAUAACCAUCACCGACAACGACCUACGCUCAGCAGAGCGCCCCACUGCCAGGGGCUGGGAAUUGCCUAGAGGCGGACCGCGGCAGCCCGCACCCAGCGUCCCUGAGGGCCCUGCCUCCAGCCGCCAGCGCAGCCUCGAGCAGUUGGACGAGCUCAUCACCGACCUGGUCAUCGACUCACGGCCACCGGGCCAAGCCUCGGAACCUGCCCCCGAAGGUUUAGGCCGCCAACUGCGCCGCCUGCUGGAUUCACGGCCUGCGGGCCCUGGAGGAGCAACCACGCUGGCUCCGUCGCGCUCGCCCCCGGCCUCGGCUGGCAGCACCGAGGAGCCCACCGGCUCGGGCGAGGCAGCCGACGCUUCCCCGGAGCCCAGCGCCGACGAGGAUGACUUGAUGACCUGCUCCAACGCGCGCUGUCGGCGGACAGAGACCAUGUUCAACGCCUGCCUCUACUUCAAGUCAUGCCACAGCUGCUAUACCUACUACUGCUCGCGUCUGUGCCGCCGAGAGGACUGGGAUGCGCACAAAGCGCGUUGCGUGUAUGGCCGCGUGGGCAGCGUGUGCCGCCACGUGCUGCAGUUCUGCCGCGACAGCAGCCCAGUGCAUCGCGCCUUCUCGCGUAUAGCACGCGUCGGAUUCCUUUCGCGCGGCCGUGGCGUGCUGUUUUUGGGUUUCCCAAGCCCGGGCUCUGCAGACAACUUCCUACGCUUUGGCCUAGAAGGGCUACUGCUGUCGCCUACCUAUCUAUCACUGCGCGAGCUGGCUACACAUGCGGCGCCCCUGGGUAGCUACGCACGAGAACUGGCAGCUGCCGGGAGGCUCUACGAGCCCGCCGAGUGCUUCUUGCUCAGUGUGUCGGUGGCCGUGGGCCCCGGAGCUGCACCCCCGGGAGCCGCUGCCCGGCCAGCGCCGCGCAGCCCUGGGCCCACGGUGCGCAAGUUCGCCAAGGUGGCCCUGGCCGCCGGCAGCCCGACGCGGCCUCCUCCUGCGCGUGGCGGGGAGCCAGACAUGGAAACGCUGAUUCUAACGCCACCUCCAGGCACUGCGGGCCUGGACCAGGAGGGUGAGGCUGGCCGGCGCGCGCGUGAAGUGGCUUUCAUCCACAUCCAGCGUGAACUGCGACUGCGCGGCGUCUUCCUCCGCCAUGAGUAUCCACGCAUCUACGAGCAGCUCUGCGAGUUCGUCGAGGCUAACCGGCGCUUCACACCCACCACUAUCUACCCCACUGAUCGGCGCACUGGCCGCCCCUUCAUGUGCAUGAUCAUGGCUGCUUCCGAGCCGCGCGCACUGGACUGGGUAGCCAGUGCCAAUCUUCUAGAUGACAUCAUGUGAGCCAUGGGACUGCUAGGCCCAGGCCCUGACCAGAGCCCUGCCUACUCUAUUCCACCCUGCCUGAUCCAUCAAGACCACCCCCAGAAUCUGGACCAGCUGAUUCAGCGCCCCACCAUGUCUCCUGGAACCUCCCUUGGUCUACAAAUUCUCUGCCCUGAGCCCCACCCUCUCCAAAUCUCUAAUUUUGCCUAGGAGCCCACCCCUGCCCGUCCCCCGCCACCCUGUUUCCCAUCAUCCGCUUCUCUUCCUUCCUGUUCUCAACCAGACCACCCAGACCACAUCCAGGGCUCUCCCCAAGUCAGCCAGGAAGAGGGGGCUCCCCCAAGAGCCCGGUCCUCGCCCUCGGUGCUCCCCGCUGGGAGGUGGGGUGGGCCUGAGGACCACUGGGCUCUGCCUUCUAGUGGAAAGUUACUACUACACACACGCCAUGGGGACAAACUUGAUAUACGUGUGGGUGCUUGCAGAUCCAUCCCCUUUUCUCCUAGUCCCGAAGUUCGUGUUGAUCAAAGCCUAAUGCCCUUACUGUAAGCACUCCCCAACCCUCCUCCUGUGUCUGGGGUGUGACAGGCUAGGAGGCCUGGUUCCUGAGCCUCCUCCCUGUGCUAUUGAGGCAACGGGCAGGGCACUAUCCACUAACAGUGCUGCCUGUCCUGCGUUUCUUUUAGCUCUGAUCUGGGCCCUUGCAGGACCAGUUAGAAUCCUGGGGCAUCUUCAGGCCAAGGCGGAAGCCACCCAGCCAGAGGGGAGCCUGAGCAGGGGAAGGCGAGUGUGGAUGGUGGUAGGGCCAGAUUUAAAAUUUGCCUGGGUGAGGGUUUGUGCUCACCCACACCUACACAACAAGAUGGCCCUAAAGAUUCGCCUUCCAGAGAAGGUGGAGGCUCAGGUCUGAAUCUCCCAGGGAGGUGGGAAGUGUGUGUGUGCUGAUGAAGUAGCAGGGGACCCUACAGAAAGAGCACUACCUGCUGACUGACUUGGGAAUGAUUAAGGAACUGGGACUAUCCCUAAGUAGGAACUAACUGGGGUACAGGGUAGUGAGCCACCAGGUGUGACAGCCGUUAGGAAGCCGGUGCUAAGGCCUACCCUGAGUCCCAACCCUAUGCACUAAAGUGCCACAAUCUCGCCCUGGCUGAGCCCCAAGCUGAGCGGAGAAGCCAAAGCCUGAUGUGUUGUGGAGACCAUAGGCCUAGGCAGCCCUGGGCCGCUUGCCGGACCUCUGCAGCCUAACUGUACCCGGAUCUGCGCCUAGGGCUCCCUGGAGGGUGUGACCCAGAGAGGCUUGAGACCAGAAAUUGAACAGGCACCCUUAGGAGGUAGGGAAGGUCAAGAGCAAGAGCCUGGGACAACGCCCUGCGCGCACGCGCGCGCGGUGCGCGCAUGCGUCACUACCCCCUCCCGCGCCCUCGCGCGCUGUGUGGCCCCUCCCCACCCCAGGGACAGGCCAGAGCUCCCACCUUGGCCUGUCUUAGCACCUGCCCCGAUGCCGCUCUUGCAACUCUUGCUGUCGCGCCGCCUGCCGCCCUUCCCAGGGGCUCCACAUUCCUUCCUGCGGCAGGCUGUCAAGAACUGGCCCAUUUCCAAAAGGCCAGUAGUGCUUUCGAACCAAGUAAAAUAGAACUUGAAUGUA